UCCUGUUUGGACUUCAUUAGAUCUCAUAUCACCUCAUGAGCAGCAAGGACAAUAAUCUGAAAACAGCAAUUAAAAAGAUCUGUGUAUGAAAACAACAGAUGGAGUUCUGGCCCGAGAAUCAGGGGCAGUCCCCUCUAUACUCCAAAUUUGGUACUGUUCCUGGGCGAAAUUGUACACAUAACUACCAUGACAGACAUCAGGUACCCCAUUAUCCACUGUACUAUGGUGAGCAGCAGGAUCAAGGCAGGGAGUCCAGUUACUGGACUGUACCAGGCUCAAGAACAGGAGGGGCACCACAGGAGUACACCAACUGGAUGGACCAAGAGCUGACUGCCCCUACUUCUUCUCACUUCCCUUUUAUUCUAGACCGUCACGUUCAGCAGCACCAGGACCUGGGAGACUAUCAGCCGCAUGAAGCCAGAGACAGGGAGUGGAUAGCAGCUCAGCGAGCAGCGAGGGAAUAUGAGAGAGGAUUUCUGAGGGAGGCGUGGCAGAGGAGGUGGGAGCCCUGUGGUCCUGUUCGCUACAACAGGGACAUUUCUGCCAAGAGGAGCGACAGCAGCUAUCGAGAGCUGGAGGCUUGGGCAGCUCGAUACAGCCAUUCACUUCCAAGGAGGAGACGUAUAGAGGCAGAGUUGAGGGGAGCUUCUAAGGGGCUGUUGGAGAGCAGCAGGGCUCCAGAGAGGGACAGCAGGAGUGGGACAGAUCCUCGAGUGGUAGCACUGCAACAAGUCAGACAAUCUGCAAACAUCAGAGAAUCAGGACUGUGGGAUAGAGGGGGCAGACAGCAAGCGCCAACCUAUUAUUCAUCACAAACUCCUGCCACAGACACAAGCCACAUGUUGGACAUCAAAGAAAAGACCGGCUACCAACGGAGGAUGUUCAGCCAACCUCCUGGCUAUAUUGCUCCUCCUCCCUAUGACAACUCACAUAAAGGUUCACCUGUAUUGCAUCACUGUGACACCAGUUGGGAGCAAGAAGGUAAGAGACAAGCCUACUGGUCUCAGCCCGCACCCAGAAAGCACGAUGUCUCUGUAGACCUGCAGGAUCACAGAAAAGGAGAGAAGGAUGAGCUUACAAAAUCAGAUGGAAAUCAAAGAAGCUUCCCAGAUCACAGACGACAGGAAUCAGAUGCUUUACAUGCAAGCAGUCCUUUUAGUAUCCAGGAAACACACCUACAGUAUGAGGGUAUGAUGUAUCUUAAACAACCACAAGUGUUACAAGUAGUUGAGAAUAAAAAGACAAAUGAGGAACCAUCCUCAAAAGUCAUUGAAGGAAGGAAGUUCAGGUUAAACAAAAAGACAGGUGGGAUGACCAUAUUCUGCUUGGUGUCUCGAAUAGCAGGCACCACAGAAACCCCAUCUUUGCCACUUUGUACCUCGCAAACAAACAUUCAAAACACAGAAUUAGGAGGCGUUUCUAAAGGUCUAAGGGACAGUAGUGGCAGUAAUCAAACACACAAACUUGCAGAUGAGGUAGAUGGCAGAGAGCCAACACCCACAGAGCAGUCAAAUACUUCUGAUGCGAGAAAUGUCAAAGCCAAACAGGAGACACCAACCUGCGUAGAAAGUGAGAUGCUUGAGGAUAAUAUAUUGAACAAAGCAGAGACAGAUGGUGUCGUCCCAGAAAAAUUAAAUACAAAUGAUGCUGAUUCUACAUGUGGGAGACAAGUUGCGGAGUCAGUGCAACCGGUGUCAGUUAAAUACCCUUUGUGGAGGGAGCCUAGUAUCACAAGCAGAUCUGAAACUAAGAGUUCAUCCAAAUAUUUGAAAGCAAAUGGUGAGGAAAGAGAAUCAGAUGGUGUGCACAAGCAAGAGGACUCGAGUAAAGUUAAUCCAACUGAUGUUGAAGUAAGGAGACUGGACACCGAGACAGACACAGAAUCUGAAGACAGUAAGGUUCUACUGGUUAUCGACACAACCUGUGUUGUUGUUAAAAUGGAGCUGAUUCCAUCACCCAAGAAAGAGCAUGUUCACUAUUUACACACCGAACACAGUCCACUUGAUAUUCAAUCGACCGGCUCUCCUGAAUGUGUCCAAUCAAACAGUCAGCUGAAUCAGGAUGCGACAACUGACCAAAACUCAGAAAGCAACCCCUUCCAAAUUAAUGGAAGGUCUGAAACCAAACUACACUCAGAUCUCAUAGAGAAAAAGGCACCUGAGGGAGAAAGUCAAAUCUCUUCCUUCUGCACAUCCUCAUCCUCAGUUUCUGAAAGGGAAACGUUGGAGGAGCGUGCUGAAAGGAUCUUAGGAAUCCCUCUAGAUGACUGCAUUACUAAGCAGCAACCUGAAGAUGCAACGUUGCUUCUUGACUUGUGUGUGGAAGACCAGGAGGUUGAACCAUCUCCAGUUAAAGACAACAACGUUGAUGAUGCAGUUGAACAAAUCCCAGAGGACACAAAAGAAGAGGAACAGUCACAGAACCAGUUAGAGGUUGGCCAAACUGAGGAGGCUGUGUGUUCGCAAGAGAAUGAUGAUGCCAAAGAUCAGGCAGCAAAUGAAGGUGCUGAGGAUUUUGCAGGGCUUCAGGUUCAGGUGUCUAAUCUGUCUGAAGAGAAUGACUCCCAACUCGAAACUGACAUCAAACCUUCACCUGAAAUUGAAAUGACUGAGGAUCCUCUGCUUAAACCCGCUAGUGAAGAGAGUACAACUCAGCAGGAAGAAAAUCAGCCUAUUGAAAAUGAUACCUCCUCUCACAUUCCCUCUAAGGGUCUCAGUCCACCCAGCAACCUCUCUUAUACUUCUUCGCUUUCACCCUCCCCAGACUGUGAAGUGUCGAACCCUGCUCUUUCUCUCAUGCUCUCAUCCUCUGAUCUUACCCCUCUCAUGCAUAUUUCAGAAUCAAACAUAGAGGAAGGUCCUGAUCCUGAGUUGACUGCCCUCAAUUCCACAGAAAUCCUAGCUCUUCACCCUGAAACCUCAUCUCUGCCUUACACCCCAUCACCUCUUCCUCCAGGAUCUAAUGACUUUUCCCCAAGCUCCAUUCCCCAUACAGACCAUUCCCCAAGCCCAUCUCCUCUUGAUUUAAUAGAUAAAACUGUAGAAGCUGUGUUCAGUGUUGAGGACCAGGUAAAAGAGGAUGACACAUCACAGCUAAUAAACGAAGAGAUCAGUGACUCCUUUGAGGACCCUGCCAAAGAUAUGACAGAGGAGCUGUUAUUACAGCAACAAUUUGAAAGUGGCCAACCAGAUGAUGAUGCUUGUGUGAAUAAGAGCAAUGUCACAGAUGAGCAACAAACAGAAGAAGCCGAUAAGGAUCCUACAGGCCACACUAUGGAACAGAUUCUUAAAAUAUCCAAAGAAAAUGCCAUGGAGGUUGAUAUUCUGCAACAACAACUUGAAUGUGCCCUAGCAGACGAUGUUACUAGUGUUAAAGAGAGUCAUAUGACUGAAGAGCAGCUACCAAAAGAACCCGAUGAUGAUCCUACAGGUCUUUUGGAACAGACAAUAUCCCAACAAUGCGUGACUGACAGUCAAACUCAAACAGAGGUCAACAUUUUGCAGCAACAAUUUGAUAAUGGCCAAGAAGAGGUUGCUUUUCUAAAAGAGAGUUAUAUGACUGAGGAGCAAUCACAAAAAAGAGCUGAUGAGGAGCCUACAGGUCUUAUGGAACAGACACUAUCCCCAGAAAACGCUACAGAAUCUCAAACUCAAACAGAAGUCAACAUUUUGCAGCAACGAUUUGAUAAUGAGGAGCAAUCACAAAAUGAAGCUGAUGUGGAGCCUACAGGUCUUAUGGAACAGACACUAUCCCCAGAAAACGCUACAGACUCUCAAACUCAAACAGAGGUCAACAUUUUGCAGCAACAAUUUGAUAAUGAGGAGCAAUCACAAAAUGAAGCUGAUGAGGAGCCUACAGGUCUUAUGGAACAGACACUAUCCCCAGAAAACGCUACAGAAUCUCAAACUCAAACAGAAGUCAACAUUUUGCAGCAACGAUUUGAUAAUGAGGAGCAAUCACAAAAUGGAGCUGAUGAGGAGCCUACAGGUCUUAUGGAACAGACACUAUCCCCAGAAAACGCUACAGACUCUCAAACUCAAAUAGAGAUCAACAUUUUGCAGGACACUGAACCACAGACUGAACCCUCUAACUCUUCUCCUCCCUCAACUUCAGAUUCAGAAUGCGAGGUGUCUCAAUCACCAGAUGUGCGCUCACCCUCCAAGCUUUCUUCUCGGCGACACACAUCAAACGAGUCAGAUGCAGAGUUCAUCACUCUUUUGGAAAUGGACUCAGUCUGUCCCCCAGCUCUAAAUCCUGAUGCUGCUUCGGCUGCUGGCAUCCCAGAAACUGUCCCUCCUCCUCUUCAUCUGGACUCUUGUGAAGAAUCCCUUCAGUUCUCAUCUUCCUCUUGUACGGAUUCACCCACAGAGCUGCCUUCCAGCUCUUCAACUCCUCCACUGCAAGAGGGAAGUGGAAGUGUUGACCCUGACUCAACCCUAAAAGAAGAGCCCCAGUAUCCCAAGUCCCUGUGGGAUGCAGUUAAUCGCAUUAGGAAACAUACAGCGCCUGACUCUGAGAAUGAGGAGGAGGAAGUGAGUGAGCUGUGGGAUCCAGAGAGUGUAGUGGAGGACUUGGAUGUGAUAGUGGGCAUAUAUUCUGAGAGGAUAGUCUUUGAUGGAGCAGGGCAACAGGACGUUUCAGCAGAAGGAAGUGUUGAGGAUGUAGAAGUGGGACAAAUCCAGGCGGAUCCAUGCCAUGAAGAGCCUUUACAUGCUGAAGAAGACACACUGUCAUGCAGCAGCACCUGCAGCCAAGGCUCUGGGGACACCGUUAUUGUAGCAGAUGAGGACGAGGUUGAGGAAUCUCCACCUGAUGCCGGGAUGGAGAGCAAGGCUGAGGGGGAGCGAUGCUUCUCUGCUAAAGUAAAAGAUGAGACUGCAGCUAAGGAAGAGGGAGAUAACGAUGGAGACGAGAGCGUCACAAAUAAGUCUAGUCAGAGGGAGGAGUGCCUGGUUGAGAUGGCAAAUAUAACAAUGCAGGCAGUGGAAAUGACAGAAACAGAGCCAGGAGAAAAGGAGGAGGUGGUUUCCGUGCCCUCCGAGGUCUCUGUUGAAGGGAUGAUUGAAAGUAUGUCUUUAAAAUAAUUGGAUAAACAAGGAACACUAGUCUGAUGUUGAGCUGAACAUCUAACAACUCUGUACCAUCUACAGUUGUAUUGUGCCUGAUAAGGAAUGAAAGUCAUUUCCUCAAUAACAUUUUGUGGCAGAUUUUGAAUGUAUGUUUUAGUUUUAGUGUAAUCUUAGAGCUUUUAUUUUUGAUGGGUAAGUGACGAUGCAUUUACUGUUGUUGUAGAAAUUUAGGAAUUUAACAUUAGGGAAAUAUAAAAUAUCCAAAUCAUCAGUUUGACAAAUUUAUUUUUGUAAAGCAGAUCCUACAUACUUUCUUUAAAUCUAUGUAUCUGCUUUUUCUAGAGAGUAGAGUAUUUUAGGUAGAUAUGUGGCUGUGAAAUUAUGAAAGUUGAUAUAAUAAAAUAUUUGAUUAGUUGGAGUGA